AUUUUCUGCAGCACUAACGAGGCAGGACAGAAUCAGGAACGAAUACAUCAGACGCAAAACACAAGUACUAUGCGUCGGUUUGGGGUCAACGAUACAGGCGGGACUAAUAGUUGAGGCGUGUCAGGAGAGACGCGGAGCAUGUGAGGAGUAGGAUGCUGGAGACAGAUCAACCCAACACUAGGAAGAGAAGAAGACCUGAGAGAAGGUUUGUGGAUGCAGUGGAAGAAGACGCGCUUGUAACUUGAGACUGAGGGAAGCGCAGAAGACAGAGUUGGAGAAGGCUGAUCCACUAACGGGAGGUAAAGAUGAUUGUCACCACCGCCGCCACCGCUAACUCCACCACCACCGCUAGUCCAUAUCAGCAGUUUACAUCACUGACCUUAAACUGACCUGACCCUCCCGCAGCAUCUAGCGCAGGUGUGUGAUUAGCGGGCGCGGAGGGGCAUGAGGGGCGGGCGAACCUCACCUGCGCCGGUCUUAUCAGCUGGGUCCCGAUGUAUAAAGAGUGGAGGAGGUGCAUCCCUUGACAUCACUCCUCAGCUGGACGCUUCUCAAGGCACUUCCCAAGAUGAUGCUACGAGCGUGCGUGUCUGUGGCGCUGCUGGUGGUGCUGCUGGUGGCCACGACGGACGCCACUUUGGCCAAGCUCAAAACCCUGAAGGCCCUCAAGCUGGCGAAGAAAACCUCCCCCCUACACAUCUACGGUCAGGCAGCCCCCGCGCCCAUCUUCGUCAAGGCCUCCCCUCCGGCGCCCGUCUUCGUGAGGGCCCAGGUUGGUGCUCCGGCGCCUAUCCAUGUCAGGCAAGCUCAGUGUAAUGCUCCAGCCGUCACCUCGUACGUAACGGUGACGCAGAAGGUGGUGGAGCCUGUCACCGUCAACCAGUGCAGGGCCAACGUGCAGACGCGGUUCGUGCACCAGCCCGUCACCACCACGCAGUACAUCACGGAGCAGCAGGUGGUGAGGCAUCACGUGACGAACACUCAGGUGGUGACGGAGACCCAACACCAGCUGCGCCACGUUACGAACACUCAGUACGUGACCACCACGCAGGCCCAGGUCAGGUUCCAGCCGGUGACAAAUUACGUGACCACCACCGUCACCGCCCCGCCGCAGAUCAAGAUUGUGACAGAGGAGGUGGUGAGGAACCAGCCCCAGGUCGUGACCCAGCUCGUCACCACCACCGCCAUCAAGUACGAGUAUGUGGUGCAGUCUGACACCCACGAGUCCUCCCAGCACCGCAGCGGCGACAUCCGGUGUGCCAACCAGUCCGGCUCAACCAAGACGGUGCACGUAACCAGCUUCGUGACACAGACCGAGCAGGGCCGUUGCGGCGCUGCCACCCACACUGAGACCAAGUACAAGGUCGUCACCACCACCCGGGGAUGGUGAAGGAGCAAGAAUAUACAAGACGCAAGCAUUAGUAGUAAAAUAAAUGGGAAGAUGAAAGGGGAGAAGGAAGAUAAGAAAUGAAAAAGGCGAGGAGGAGGUCAAAGUGUGCAAAGGUGGUGGUGAAAUAUACACUUCUUGACACAGUCUCUCUUAUAUUUUCUUCCUUCCUUCCACUUGCGUGCCUCCGUGCAUGGUGUGGCGCCUCAGGGG